CGUUCUCAGGCAUGAACUGCCACGGACAGCGCGGUACACCCAUGUUCUCGGUGCUGGUGGCCAUGUGGCUUCUCUGCUGGUCCUUCCAGGGUUCAGAGCAGUCGAGAAGAUCUAUGCGACGGUAUGUCGCCGGUCGCUCCCUGACGCCACUGGGAUGGGGCGAGUACUGCGAUGGCACCAGGUGGGCUUACAAGACACCGCAGUGCGGAAACACGAGCAGGGCGGACACCGUUGACACGAAAAACGAGGCGGGCUGGCCGGCCUUCGAGAGCGCGUGUGGCAGUUCGGGCCAGUCACCGAUCAACAUCAACUUCUUGCAGACCAGCUUCAAGAGCUUCGGACCAAUCUCCUUCCUCGGCUACAACGUGCCCUUCCGCUUCACCAUCGAAAACGGAGGACACGCGCUGUACAUCACGCCAAUGAACGCCAACCUCGAGUCGUACGGUGGACCGCUGCCCGCGAGAUACAACAUGUCCAAGGGCAUCUUUCACUUCGGCAACGAGACCAGCCCGCGAGGUUCCGAGCACACCAUCGACGACCAGAACUUCGCCGCCGAGCUUCAACUACUGGUGUCCUCGGAGAAGCCCACGCCUACUGAAUGCAUCCGUCGUGGACAAGGACUGGCCAUCUUCGUCAUACUUUUUGAGAAGCAGGAAGAGAACAAUCCGUACCUGGACACGCUCAUCAACGCCUCAGAGCACAUGACGUUCCGCGGCAACAAGACGGAGGUGACGAUGCCCCUGGCCUACCUGCUGCCGAACACGACGCAACACUACUACAUCUACCUCGGCUCGCUCAGCUUCCCUCCGUGCACCAGCGACGCGUUCGUCGUGGUCUUCAGGAGCACCGUGGCCAUCGGCGAGCAGCAGGCGAGCCUGACAAAGCUGAGGAACAACCUGUACACCUACACAGGCGGCUGCAAGUACAGGAUCGCGGGAAACCUGCGUCAGCUGCAGCCCCUGGGGAACCGGGUCGUUUACCGCUCGUUCAAGUUUACCCCCUUCGCGGCCAGAUCGAGGGCACCGUCGCAGUGGCCGCUAGUGAUUGUAGUCGCAGUGACGUCUGCAUCGCUGACCGUUGGCAUCGGCCUGGUAUAA